AUGUUCACGUUCACUCCUCUCCUUGGCGCCCAAUCGUCAUCAUCGAGGGCGUCGCAGUCUAUUCUGGAGCUCGAUGGGGGCAUCAAGAUCCUGGUGGAUGUGGGUUGGGAUGACACGUUCGAUACCCUUGACUUAGCAGAACUUGAAAAGCAUAUCCCUACACUAUCUCUCAUUCUCUUGACACAUGCGACACCUGCCCAUAUCGGUGCGCUCGUCCACUGCUGCCGAACAUUCCCUCUUUUUACUCAAAUUCCAAUCUACGCAACGAGUCCGGUCAUCGCAUUCGGUCGUACACUUUUGCAAGAUCUUUAUGCCUCCGCCCCGCUUGCCGCCACGUUUUUACCAAAGACUUCAGUAUCAGAGCCAGCGGCUUCGGUGUCUAAUACAGAUGCAGACGCUGCUGAUGCUGGCAGUGCAGGCCGAAUUCUUCUACCAUCACCUACUGCAGAAGAGAUUUCUCGAUACUUUUCUCUCAUUCAACCUCUCAAAUACUCCCAACCACACCAGCCGCUCCCUUCGCCUUUCUCGCCCCCGUUGAACGGGCUUACCCUCACAGCUUACAAUGCCGGUCAUACUGUUGGCGGAACAAUAUGGCACAUCCAGCAUGGACUGGAGUCUAUUGUGUAUGCAGUGGAUUGGAACCAGGCGCGCGAGAGCGUCGUCGCAGGCGCCGCUUGGUUUGGCGGCUCUGGAGCCAGUGGUGCAGAAGUCAUUGAGCAGCUACGAAAACCGACAGCUUUGAUUUGCAGUACCAAGGGAGGCGAUAAACUGGCACUUUCAGGUGGUAGAAAAAAGCGAGACGAUCUUCUGCUCGAUAUGAUUCGGAGUAGCCUUGCGAAAGGCGGUACUGUUUUAAUCCCGACAGAUACAAGUGCUCGAGUCUUGGAACUGGCAUAUUCGCUGGAACAUUCUUGGCGCGACGCUGCAAUUGGCGAGAAAGAAGAUGUUCUUCAAGGGGCUGGACUAUAUUUGGCUGGUAAAAAAGUCACCAACACCAUCAGAUUGGCCCGAAGCAUGUUGGAGUGGAUGGACGAAAACAUCGUGCGUGAGUUUGAAGCUGCUGAAAGCACAGAUGUCACCAGCGGGAAAACCCCUGCCAAUAAGGGUGCAGGACCAUUUACCUUCAAGCAUCUAAAGAUCAUUGAGCGCAAGAAACACCUCCAAAAGCUUCUGGCAGACCCGGGACCGAAAGUCAUUCUUGCAUCUGAUACAUCAAUGGACUGGGGCUUCUCAAAGGAGGCUCUUCAACAAGUGGCCGAAGGACCUAACAAUCUUUUGUUGCUCACAGAAUCUUUCCGCAAAGAUAUACAACCCAAAAGGCAAACCAUUGGAAGCAUGAUCUGGCAAUGGUAUGACGAGCGAAGAGACGGCGUAGCCCUCGAGAAGGGCUCGGAUGGCGAACACAUCGAACAAGUUCACAGUGGUGGACGAGAGUUGACUUGGAAAAAUGUUCAGCGAGCCCCUCUUGAUGCUGGGGAGCAGUUGCUUUAUCAACAGUACCUCGCAACUAAACGUCAGCUUCAAGACACAUCCCAAACACUGGGCCAAGAAACCCUGGACACUGCCGUCGAUGCUCUUGACGACGGUUCAAGCUCUACCUCUUCCGAGGACUCAGAUCCCGAACAGCAGGGCCGGGCGUUGAACUUCUCAGCCUCACUUGCCCACGCCACUCGCAGCAAGCUUGCUGUAAGUGAUGAAGAUUUGGGUAUCAACAUUUUGCUUCGGCGAAAGAACGUUUAUGACUACGACGUACGGGGCAAGAAGGGCCGCGAGCGCAUGUUCCCUUAUGUGGCACCGAGAAAGAAAGGCGACGAGUAUGGAGAAUUUAUUCGCCCAGAGGAAUAUCUCCGAGCGGAAGAACGCGAAGAGAUUGAUAUGCAACAGCGGCGUACCGAUGCCGAGACCAAGUUAGGCCAAAAGCGAAGAUGGGAUGAUACUGCUAGCCCCAAUGGACACAAGGCACUCGACGUCGCAGGACGAAAGCGACCUCAAAUACACCAAAAUGUUGACGACGACGACCUCAGCCUUGCCUCCGAUAAUGAAGGUGCUAUCGACCAAGAUGAUGUCGAGGAUGAAGCGGACAUCCAGUCCUUUGAAGGACCUGCCAGGGCAUUCUAUGACAACCAGACCGUCACUAUCAACGCCAGAAUUGCCUUUGUCGAUUUCAUGGGAUUGCACGACAAGCGCAGUUUGGAGAUGUUGAUCCCGCUUAUCCAACCCCAGAAACUAAUUUUGGUUGGUGGAAUGGAAGAAGAGACCUCCGCAUUGGCAGCUGAAUGCCAAAAGCUAUUAUCGGCCAAGCCCGGUGCGUCAGGCCCUGCAUUGAACUCGGCCGCCAUCAUCUUUACCCCAGCCAAUGGCCAAGUCAUCGAUGCUAGUGUCGACACAAACGCCUGGAUGGUUAAACUUAGCAACACCCUUGUCCGACGCCUCAACUGGCAGCACGUCCGCAGCCUUGGUGUUGUUGCUCUAACGGCGCAAUUGCGAGGACCAGAGCCUGUCACCGCCGAAAUCGGGGACAACGAACUUGCCGGCAAGAAGAUGAAGCAACUAAAAAACGAAGCAGCCUCAUCCGCUCUCCCUCCCACGUUCGAACAGGGAGACAACAAAGCAUCCGAGAAGCUAGAGGUAUAUCCUUUGCUCGACACUCUCCCAGCCAGCAUGGCUGCGGGAACCAGAUCCAUGGCUCGCCCUCUUCAUGUCGGCGAUUUGCGAUUGGCCGACCUUCGCAAGCUCAUGCAAUCUGCUGGUCACAUCGCAGAGUUCCGAGGUGAGGGUACCUUGUUAAUCGACAAGUCUGUUGCUGUGCGCAAAUCGGGGACAGGCAAGAUUGAGAUUGAAGCAACGGCUCAGUCUUCGAUGGGUCAGUCAGGUCGUGGAACGGGGAGCUUCCUCGCGGUCAAGAGGAAAAUCUAUGAGGGGCUGGCCGUCGUUGCAGGCAGCUGA